AUGCAGAAUUCCACUACUAAACUACGUAAUGAAUUUUUCGGUCUUACAUCCAACUCACCAGCGAUAUCAACUUCCUCCAAUGACUUUCGUCAGGCACCCUAUCAUUCAUCAAAUUUAAAUCAUCAACAACCACCAUUGUUACAAAUGGACGAUCCUAUAACAAGAGAUGUGAGGUCAAAACUAGACUCAAUGAAAUCGUUCGAGGAUGACGACGUUUUUUAUCCAGAUCCUAUGUUGCUUAAUGUUAGAUAUUUGCCGCAAGCGAACCCUUAUCUGUUACAAUCUGAUCAGACAUCCCCAUACGUUCCGAAUGGCAACUUAUUUAUUCCCUCAGAUGAUCUUAAUAUCAAUUCCACUACUAGCAAUAAUAAUAUUCCAAUGAACAGUUAUACUAAUAACAACGACGGUAUUUAUUCGAAACAUGAUUCUCACAGAGAAAAUUUACUAUCAGCACUUGCACAUAAGAAUAUAGAGAAACAGCAGCAACAACUUCGAUUACAACAACAGACACAAGAGCAACAACACAAUCUUCACAAACAGUUUGCAGGCCAACAAUUCCAUGACAGAAGAAUGGUUAAUCAAAAAUUUUCAAAUCCUUCACUUCCAAAUCGUUCGUUCAAUAUGCAUCAACAUAUACCAAAUUAUAAUAUUCCAAAAUAG